AUGACAACUAGGUUUUAUUCUAGAGUCAAAAUGGCGUCUCUCGAGUCGACAACAAGCGCCGGAAAUCUUUUCGAUAACGAUGAUGACAACUUAUAUCAUGAUUCCGAGGAUGAGGGUGGUGCCACCGCUCCCGGCGUAUCAGGGAAUUUUACAAAGCAGAACGUUGCUGAAAUGGAUAAGCAACGGAACAAUGGGAAACCGCAGAUCGAAGACUUAGAAAUUUGGUUAAUGACGAAUCUGAAGAACAUCAUACCAGAGGAUAUGCACUCCAUGUACAUAAACAAAAACAAUAUUCUCUUCUCAUUCGAAAAAGACCCUUUAUCCAGUAGUGAGGCGAAUAUGGAUGUCGAAUGGAUCAGCAGCAUCACUAAUGGCGGUAAAAGAAGGGUCAUUGAUCAAAGAACGGGGAAGUAUAUUCUCUCAAAUCUAGUACGAACGGCAGCGGAACAACGAGCUGGAUUGAUGAACUAUGUAGAAUAUGUCCGUCGAAACAUACACUUAGUGCCAUUACUCGAAGAACUGAAUCGCUACGCAUACACGCAAAAGGUUGCAUACAAAUCCGCCAGGAUGCAGUUAUGGUUUCUCCUGAAGUUGGCCGAAGAACUGAAACUUGUGCAGAAAACUAAAUCAUUCACAUUCAAAAUAUCUAUCGGCAAGAAUGUGGGAAACGGGCAGAAUCCAUUCGUUUUAGACAAACAUGUCACCGCGAAAUGGUUGCAAAAUAAAGGUGAACGCCCUGUGAUUAAAGCAGAUACAGCGCCAUAUGUGGCACAAAACGAACUAAUGGACUCGAGCAGUGCUCAAGAUUCCUUCUUCAAUGAUAGAAUUAUGGGAGAAAAUUCCGUUUUGGACACGUCUGUUGGGGAUAGCAGUCAACCCUUUGCUGACCUCAGGAUGUUGAACAUGAUGCAAGACUCUACAUUGUCCCACAGUCAGAUGCUAGGUUCAAUGGAACUUAUGGAUACAAGUGUGCCAAUGGCUGAUUAUAGUGCUGAAACCUCGAUGCCUGAUGCUCUUUUCAUGGACGGAGUAGGAAACACUGGACAAGCUAAAUCAUUCAAAGGUUCGAUUCUCGGAAACAGUUGGCAAAUGCUCGAACAACUCAGGCAAAGGAAAACGAAACCGGCUAAAGCAAAAGACGAUGACAUUGUACAAAAGGUUUUGAAAAAAAUUGACAGCAAAAGAACAAGCCAUGAGGUGAAAAACGCCACUAAUACGGUUACAGUCCUUGAAGCUGCUUGCAAAUUAUAUGGAACUGGGCCGAAGUGGUCCAAUCCGGAUAAAAAUGAAUUCGACGCGGGGAACAGGAGGAAUACCUUAGUAUAUGUUAGACCACCCAAAGGGUUGAGCCAAAGCAGCGUAGCGUACGAGUACCUGAUGCAGUAUAAAUCAGUCCAUCAAAAGUUGAAUGGCGGUAUCAGGCAACAACACGCCGUAUCAUAUGGCAUUAUAACUGUGGAACGGCCCGCUGCCGGAGAACCGCUAACGUCAUAUAGUGUCAACACGCAACCAUGGUACAAUCCAGAGUAUUCGAGCAAAUGGCGGCGCCUAGGGUCAUACUUUAGUAAGUCUCCGCCCUGGUUGAUCGCUACGUAUCAAAACAAAGCAAGCGUCAAUGCAAAUAAUGCUAAUGAACAUGCCAAUAAAUCACAAAGAGACGACGGUCAUCCUGAAGAGUCUCUGAUAGACGCGUCAAAUCUCACAGAAGCCACUAAUUGGAAAGAAUCUAAAGGGGAGACUCCGCAUGAUGUAGUUGAAGAAAAUAAUAUGUUUGCACAAGAAAAUGCAAUAGAGGGGCAGGAAAUGACGGUAAAACAAAAAAUAGAUGAAAUUCAGGAUUUGGGGGAUUUUUUGGUAGAGCCUGCGGUGAAUGUCGAUUCAGGGUGCGAAGACGAUCGAGGCUUGGACGAGGAUACGGGAGAGGUUGUACGCGGUGAUAGCCCUGUUGACGGAGACUCUUCUGCACGAUACGCGGACGACAUUAAAGGAGCUAACUUAAUUGAGCCCUCUGAUGGUCUGGAAGCAGCGGUGAUCAACCAUCAUCUAGGUGCCGUGAAUGGAUCGCCAAUGACUACAGUAACUGAUUCGCAUACUCAUACAACGGGAAAAUAUGAUGCAGAUGAAAUAUCGCAAGAACCUGUACAACUGGUUGGUAGCAACACCAAGCAAAUUAAGCUGACCGCGCUUUUCCGAUAUGUUUACACCAAAAUGAAAAAGGUUAAAUCGUUGCCUGAGUAUUCAGAUGAAAUGUUGGGGGUAAAAAAGAAGCAGGGUACAAGUCACACGCCAGAGCAAGACUACACGUUGGCGAUUCAUGGCCCUGGUAAACGAAGGCGCAUUCUGGACGAUAGCACGGCGGAAACAAUGAUGCUCAACUAUGCGCCCAUCAACGCAGACAUCCCUCCCUCGGAAGCGGCUUCAGUUCACGAAGAUGGCGUUGACGAAGAGAAAGAGGAAGAUGCGGGUUUGGAUGAAGGCAAGAACCUCGAUAAGAGGAAAAUGCAGAGAAAGGAAAAAAUUCGCAGGAUGAGAGAUUUUGUGAAACAGAUGUUCGAGGUGGAGGCCGAAGAAAGUGAGGACGAAAACCUCUCCGAUCCAGAAGACAUACGAAAGAAACUUCAGUUGCUUAAACAGCGACUGCAAAAUUCUUCGGACGAGAGUGAAAGCGAUUCCGACGAUAAAUAUGAUCUGGAUGAGGAAAUGAAAAAUUUCAUUACGGAGGUCGACUACUUCAACGCUGAGGAUGAAGAACUCGCAAAGCAAAGGUUCUAUGCUGACAUAAAACAACAGGAGGAUAAAGAACUUGCGAGACUUAUGCCACUAAAGGAAAGAAGUGAAAGAGAAUUGACCAGAAGAGAAGAGAGACUCAAACUUCUGAUGAAACUAAAAAAGGCAAAGAGCCUACGAGAUAUACAAGAUCUGCAUCCUAGUGACUUUGAGUCUUCUGAUGAAGAAGACGAAGGGAAAACAACGAAGUCCAAAAAUAGGAGGCGCAUAAGCAAGGAGGAAUUGGAACAAUUAUUAAAGUUCAAGACGGGGCUUCAACAACCUGAUAAAAACAUAUCGGAAACAGACGAAUUGCAAGUAUUUAUCGACGCCAAACUUAAGGCGUCCAAGAAACACAGCGAUGACACACCAGUUGUAAGGAAUCAGGUGGAAAGAGUCACCAAUAAUAGGCGAGAGACCAUGGAUAGUAUGCUUGCUUCAGGUAUCAAUACGAAUAUAUUUGGUGGCGAUAGAGAGAAACUCAUCGGAAAUACUAAAUUCUACGGAUUACAGACUAGGCAAAAGCUCAAUUCAACAGAGAACUUAUCUGGUCAAACACAAAAGAAACAAUCGGCGAUUGUAAUGAAAUCGUUUAGAUUGGAUCAGGCCAUAAUGAAACCUCUCAACAGCACCAACAUCAGAAAUGUCGGUGGAUUUAAAGGAUUCCACAAUCUGGAAAACGCCCUGAAGGAAAAUCAAGCACGAAACUCUUCUUAUGCAAGCAACAAAGGAGAUCCGCCCAAAGACCAUCUUAGUAUCACUAAUAACGAUGCUUCGUACAAACACACGAUAAUAAUAGCUAUAGUAUGCAGGCGGCAGAAGUCUGCAGUAAAAGAAUUGGGCAUCGCGAUAUGUAACGUCCUCGAUUCAUCCUUCCACGUUGUAGAAUUCUCUGACAAUGAGUUCUUCACGGUUCUUGAAUCGAUUAUCCUUCAAGUGGCACCAACGGUGUGUACCCUGUCUACCACAAAGGACGCCGUGGAGAUUAAGAGGCUCAAGCAUAUACUAUCCCUUUGCAAUGUAAAUUGUUUGAACCACACGAUCGCAAGUGCCAAUGACGCCAUCACCGUUGUGGAAGAAAUGAAAAUCAAAGGGAACCUAGAGUAUCUGUUAUCGAAAGAAGAACAUCUCAGAAACCACACGAAACUACUUGCUCUACAGUUAGCCAUGAGAGCGCUCCUGAACUUAUUCGAUACAUUUGACCUUGCGAAUAAGGCAGCUUUGAAGCAGAAGUUCCACUUGAAUCACUACAAGGUCGACAAAUAUCUAUCAAUGGACCGAGCUGCGUUUGCAUCGCUCUCAAUAUUGCCCAAUACUUCGAACUGUGCAGGCGAGACCAACUUUACCUCUUUAUUCGGCAUAUUGAACAGGUGUAGAACUAGCAUUGGUGCUAGGAGGUUGAGAAUGUGGGUCUCACAACCCCUUACAGAUGUGCAGGAAAUUACCAAGAGACAUGACUGUGUGGAGGCAUUUAAAGCUAGUAUGUAUAAAACGAUGCAAGCGGAGUGCUUGAGGAAGGUCCCUGAUCUCGACGCUAUUGUUAUGAAGUUAAGAGCAGUAGAAAGCCUGGGACGAUGGGGGUCUAAACCGAAGACAUCCAUAACAUUUGAAGAUCUUGUACACCUGUAUGAAUGCAUCAUUUCUGUCAACAGGAUGGUGCAAUUUUUGCUUAUUCCUUAUGAUGGAAAACACGCAACUGCAAUCAAAAAUAUGUUUACAGAACCAUUGUUGAAUAUUUCAUCGCAAUUUGAAACGUACUUGCGGCUCGUAGAGAAGACGGUGGAUUUAAAAGAGGCCGAAAAAAGGAACUAUGUCAUUAACAGGAAUUUCGACAAAACUUUGGUUGUAAUGGGAAAUAAACUCGAUGAAAUCAGGGAUAAUAUGGAGUCCCUAAGGAUCUCACUUGAUGAUGAUAUCUUCUAUAGGUCUAGGAAAAACAAAAAGGGCAAUAAUAUCAAGAUUGUCGAAUGCAGCAAUAUGGGAUUCUUAUUCAGAGUUUCGAAGAAGGACCAAGCAUUGGUUCAGCAAGCUGAGGGGUUGGGUUCAUCUGUGGAAAAGGUUAGGUUGAAUAAAAAUGAAUUCCUUUUCACCACGCCACAACUACGUCAGCUGUGCACAAAAUUCAACAACGCACAAAGCGACUACGAUAAUGCGCAAUCUACAAUGGUGAAUAAAGCGUUUAAAGUAGCUGCUACAUAUUGGACUUUGAUAGAACGCUUCGCUAACGUUAUUGCCAGCUUGGAUAUCUUAGCAGGGUUCGCAGAGGUGGCUGCAACGCUGAACUACGUUAGGGCUGAAAUAGACGCUGAAAAUGCGGAAAUAAAUUUGGUUGGAGCGAGACAUCCACUAGUUGAGUGUAGUCUGACGACACGCGUUUUCGUUCCGAACGACCUUUUGAUGAAAAGGGAGUCGUCUUUGGUUCACAUCACUACGGGACCCAAUAUGGGUGGUAAAUCAACCUACAUAAGACAGGUUGGAGUGAUAGCUGUCAUGAAUCAAAUUGGUUCAUUUGUGCCUUGUACGCGGGCAAGGCUGCCCGUUUUUCAUCAUGUCCUCUGCAGGGUUGGGGCAUCAGAUAUCCAACUGCGAGGUGUAUCAACAUUUCUGGCUGAAAUGGUCGAGGCGGCAGCAAUCCUUAAAACGGCAAACGACCGCUCACUAGUUAUCAUCGACGAGCUGGGCAGAGGAACGUCCACGCAUGAUGGUUUUGGUCUUGCAUGGGCAAUAAUAGUUGACCUUAUCAAAAAUGCCAAGUGCUUCUGCCUGUGUGCCACACAUUUCCAUGAAAUGGGUGAAUUGGCAAAAGAAUAUCCGUCUGUGGAAAACAAAUAUGUCAACGCCAAGUACUUCGAAGAGACUAAGAAAAUGGUCUUUCUUUAUGAAAUCAAGAAUGGCAUAUGCAGAGAUUCAUACGCUGUCAACGUCGCAGAAAUCGCAUUGUUCCCUCCAGACGUUAUAGUAAAUGCUCAAAGGAAGCUAGAAGAACUUGAAGAUGUUGACAAAGGUGUCGAUGCAGAUAGGCUUAGGCAGCUCAUUAACUCACUAACUUUUGACGAAUUCAGGAAUAAUUUGCCUGAACUCCUCAAUGACAUUCUAAUCCCCACCUAA